AUGCGAUAUGUCUUCAGUGAAGGCUUCGAUCGGGACUGCGACACGCAGUCCAAGCGUCACUUGGUCGGCCCAAGCGGUUCCUCGCCCAACGAGCACCUCAAGCUGUGGGACGACGACGACGCCUCCAGCCUGACUUGGGUCGACUCCUCGCGCCAUGGCGUCUCCAAGCUCGAAGCCUAUCUUUACUACCAAGGAAUUCGUGGCGAUAGGAAGCAUGCUCCGAAACUGAUCUAUCGGACGUCCACUGAUAUCUUCUCGCCACCUUCCGGGCCAUCGCAAGACCUGCGCAAAAUGCAGCUCCUCACCGUUCACGGGUAUGAAGAACUCGGCCAGGACAACUUGUGGGAAGUAAUCCGUGACGGGACGGCCGGACUCCUCGACCGCAAAGACAUCAAAUACACCUCGGUCGACCUCGUUCGCUUCAGAUGGGAGGAGCAGAGCGAGGAUAGUCGCACCAAGGCGGUUACUAGUCUCGCCACCAUUUGGAUUGGCGUCCUUCCCGACAGCACCAACGGCGACGCCGCAUUCAACUGCACCCAGGACAUUCUCCAGCUUCUCAAGAAGCACGAGAUCGACGAUGUCGACGUCGCCUAUCGUGAGUCGGAGGCUUGGCCUCUCGCUGGUCCCAUCCUCUACGCCCCAGUCAACGACCUCCAUCCUCUGAAGGGCGUCAUCGACUGGGUAACGACUUCUCUUAGCUUGCCCAUCGCUGGGUUGAGGACGCUACAUAUGCAAGGCACCCUUGGCUUCUACUUUAAGAUCGGUGAGGACCUCUAUGGCGUCACCGCACGCCACGUGUUGUUCCCCGACACGGAGGGCAAUGCCCUCUACCGCUACAACUCCUCUGUUCCAAAGAAGAACGUCGUUCUCAUGGGCAAUAAGGCCCUUGAUGACCUCCUUGCGUCCAUUCAAGCCCUCAUUGGAACGCUGAAGAACACCGUCGUCGUCUUGAACAAAAGAGUGAAGGCGUACACGAAGAAGGCGAGUGGCGGCGACGAACAGGCGGCGAAGGACCUGGCAACGUAUCAGCAGAACCUGAACGACACGGAGGCGACGAUAGUGGAGCUCAGGAAGUUUUGGGCGCUGUUGAAGAGAGACUGGUUUGCUGCCGACGACCGCGUCAUCGGCCACGUCUUGAACAAGCGCAAGUUCAUGCCGAACUUGAGGGGCAACGCGAUCGAUCUCGGCACUGAGAUCGAAUCCGGCAAGUUUAUGAGUCUCCUGUGCCCUCGCUACGACGCACCCUCCGAGUUUGACUACCCUGAGGAUCGCCUCUAUCUGAUUCAAACUAUUCUCGCCGCCGCUCAGACCAGGGAGCCCGACAGUCAAGAUAUAAAGGGCGACCCGACCCGCUUCGUCAUCAAGCGCGGCCAGACAACGCGCACCACCGUCGGCCGUCUCAAUGGUUUCGAGUCGCGCGAACGCCGCUACAGCCUCUUUGGCAACUUCGACUCGGUUGGGAUGGCGGUGUGCCCGUACGACAGUGACUCGGGUCCCUUCUCUCGAGGUGGUGACUCUGGGGUUGCCAUCGUUGGUGCUAACAACGACUUCGUGGCCCAGCUCACUAGCGGCACUGGGUCGGCUCACUCUUCCGACAUCACAUACGGCACCCCCAUCGAGUGGCUCUGGAACGACGUCAUCAAGGUCGAGUUCCCCAACGCUGUCCUCUUCUUCGACGGCAAUUAG